CUGUCGGUGGCCCAGGUUCAACAUCCCGCCCCAUCCUUUAAGGGAACCGCCGUCGUCAAAAAUGAUUUUCACGAAAUCAAGCUGGAAGAUUAUAAGGGCAAAUAUCUAGUACUGUUUUUCUAUCCCCUCGAUUUUACAUUCGUCUGUCCGACGGAGAUUAUCGCGUUCAGUGAUCGCAUCAAAGAGUUUAAGGAGCUCAAUACGGAAGUCGUCGGUGUUUCGGUUGAUUCUCACUUUUCACAUCUGGCCUGGAUCAGCAUGCCGCGUAAAGCGGGCGGUCUUGGCCACCUGGAGUAUCCACUGUUGGCUGACCUGACGAAGCAAAUUUCUGCAGACUACGGUGUACUGCUUAAGGAUGGCAUCUCCCUGCGCGGUUUGUUCAUCAUCGAUCCUAACGGUGUGGUGCGUCAGAUUACGAUCAACGAUCUGCCGGUCGGUCGGUCGGUGGACGAAACGCUCCGGUUGAUUAAGGCGUUUCAAUUCGUCGAAAAGCACGGAGAAGUGUGCCCAGCCAAUUGGGAACCGAAAACGAAUGCGGCUACCAUCAAGCCCAACCCGAAGGAUUCGCGUGAAUACUUCGAAAAGCAUGGCAAGUAGUAGGAGGCGGA